AUGUUUCCUUCACCAUGCUUAAUUUCAUAUAAUGAAGAAAUUUGGAUCAAAAUCCACCUUGAUCCUUCAACACCUUAUGAAUUUAAAUUGGUACCUCCGGGAGAGGUUAAAUUACGUUCAAAUAAAAAUAAUAAAGAUAUCAAUGCAUUUAUUCUUUUAAGAAAGUUAGCACAAGAAAAUUUUAAUCUUUUUUGUGAAUCCAAUGGAUUUAAUAAACCCAAUAAUAAUGUCGUAUCAUUUCUAAUCUCCAUGAAUUGGAAAGCAGCAAAUGAACAAUUUAAAAACUUAUUUAAAGAAUAUACCUAUAAAUCUGGGAAUACAGCGUAUAUCGGAAGAGUAAAGAAUAACGAUAACGUUAUUAAAACCUGGCUUAAAAAAUUGGGUGAAGGCCUUGCAAGAUAUUUAAAUUCCAAUUAUAAUCUUAACAUUGAUAUCGUGGGUGCAAUAUUAAGGGAUUUCCCUGAAGGUUAUUUAUUAUUCACUCACGAUAAGAUAUAUAAAAAUUCCACAAGAACUCGUAGCGACAAGUUUCUGCAUGGGCCACAUAAAUACCGUUCUCCAAGGGAUUUUUUACCGCACCUUUGUUGGCUUGUCUCUGACAAGACCACAAAAUGCGAAUGUCGUCAUUGCGUGGCGGAUAAAAAGUUGAAGAGGAGUUUACAAAUACAAUGUAAUCCCGAAGAAAUUGAACGUACAGAAUGUGAUGAGUGUAAUGAAUCUUGUUCAUACGAGAAUAGAUUUGAAAAAUUUGAUCUUCCGAACAAGGAUCAAGAUAAAAUUACAACAUUAUUUAGAUGUGGUGAAAUAGUUUGGGUGGAUUUUUAUAAAUUAGAUAAUCCAAGAUUCAACAAACUCAUCAAAGAUGUUUACAAGAAAUAUAAAAUUUCUAUCAAAUAUUGGCCAGGUGUUAUAUUAAAUCGGGAUAAAACUUUAAUAUUCGAUUUAAAGGUCCAAAAAGAACAAUCACGACCUUAUGAUUUACUUAGAAUGAUCAAUUUCGGCAUGAUGGAGAAUGGAUUUAAUGAAUCUAUCAUUUAUACUGUUGAAAUAUUGGGAUUAACUGAAACAUUAGAAACGGAUCGUAAAGUACUUGCUCCCUGGUUAGCUUAUCAAUCUAACAUUAAAUUGAUGUCUAAAAAACGUGGAAGAGAUGAAAAAGAAGAACAUGAAUAUAUUCAAGCGAUCCGACAAGCCAAGAUAAUAUCACAAUCUUAUACAACAUUAAAUAAGAUGAUAUCAGAAUCCUCAAAAUCGCGAAGAAUGACGAGAAAUCUCAGAAAUCUUCAAUUAGAUCAAUGCGAGGCACUUUUUUUGGGAGCGGAAUUAUUAUGCAAGAAUGAUAUAGUCCGAUUAACGCCAAUCGAUAACGAACAUCCAACAUAUCCGGAAUAUCCUGAUCCACAAUAUCUUUUUAUUUCCGAUAUCAAAAAGACCGCUACUAAUGGUAUUCAACUUGUUGGGCAUGGAUUACUUCGAGGUAAAUUGAUUAAUAAGGCGGGAAUAAGAACGGUGAAGGAUUAUGAAUGGUAUCAAAUCAACACAACUGAUGAAGAAUAUACAAUUGAUUUGUCCGAUGUCGCGGGAAGAUUUUACGUCGCGUAUCCGGAUAUUUCUGAAGCAAUGGAUAGUUCUUUGAACAUUAGUUAUAAGGAUCGUUGGGGAAUUAUGGAAAUAUUCAACGAUGGAAAGAAAAGAUUGAGUAUUUCUCCUGCUAUAUAA